AAAGAGAAAGUUUCAAGGAGAGGUUUCUGACAAGUUUUCAGCACAUUUUGAAAACCGAUACACAAAUUCCCUCGACACCGGUCAAAAUGAAAGCCGUGUUUUGGAAGUCUGUUGUUAAUUCAGACGAAGAAACGUCAAAAUAUGUUCUUGAGACCGAUCUGCCUGUUCCAUCUCCUGGCAAAAAUGAAGUUCAAGUGAAGGUCAAAACCUCAGCUCUCAGUCCUAUCAACCAGAAGGUUCUUGAUGAAGUAUUCCGAAAAAAUCCUGAUCAGAAACAUUAUGCUGUGGGUCGAGAUAUAGCUGGAGUUAUCACUCAAGUAGGGGAAAGUGUCUUGACAUUCAAAGAAGGUGAUGUUGUUGUAGGCGUGGUUCCGCUUUCCAGCAUUAAUUCUGGCUGUGCCGAAUAUUGUAUAUUCCAUGAAUAUGACAUUGUAAAGAAACCUGAGAUGUUGAGUUUUGAAGAUGCUGCUUGUGGCAUCGGUGAUUGCUUACAUGCUUACACUGCACUUCACUACCUCUGUCGACUCUGUGCUGGAGACACAAUACUCGUAAUGGAUGGAGCCUCUACUUUUGGCAGUAUUACCAUUCAGCUAGCCCUGAGUUGGGGGGCAAAGGUUAUUACAACUGUGGCUUCUGCAGAUGAACGGAAUUUUUUAAAGUCAUCAAUCCCUUCAUUAGCACAAAUAAUUGAUGUGAGUGGCCACGGCAGUAUGUUACGCAGCAGUGUAAUGGAAGAGACUGGGGGACUGGGAGUUGACUGUAUCAUUGACAAUGGCGUACGUAUGUUUACAGAAACAGAUGAUAUCAUCUUCACAAAGGAAAAUUUCUCUCGGCCAGUGCCACAUAAACACGACUUGAUCUCCUGCCUCGGGUCGUUUGGUCGAUGGGUUACCUCUCAGCCUGAUUUACAGCUGGACCCACCAGAUUCACGUGAAUUGUUUCUGCGUAGUGGCAGUCUCUGCUUUCUGUUUGAUUCAAUAUGGACAAUGUCAUACUCCCAACAUGGACGUUAUAAACAUAUCCUUUUUGAUCAGAACUAAUUUGUUUUAGCUUCUUGUUAAUGUUGUUAAAUACAAGUUGAUUAAACCAGUCAUGCUCAAAUGGUGCUCCAUGGCACAUUUGGUGCACAACUAGAGCUAUCUAGUUGUUUCACAAAAUUCUUAGAUCUAUGAAUUUAAGCAGUGGAAAAUUCAUACUAAUGCUUCAGUAUCUUGAAAAUUGUGAUAUUCAUAUUUUUACACCCAUGUAUAACUAACAGUUUAUAACAUAGGUACGAUGCCUGAAAUUUGGAGAAACAGAAAGCUCUGUAGCUGGUUGUACUGUUUUCAGUAUGCGUAAACUUUUUUAUAUAUACAUAUAUGUAUGUAUAUGUGUGUGUGUUUGUAUUUCCUUGUCUUGACAUCUCUUGAUAAUUGUAAAUGAGCAUCACUAUCUAACAAGCUGUGCUGUUAAUUUUCAAUAGUCUGCAAAACAUGUCCAGUUAUGGAGAAAUAUUAUCUUGUCUGGAAACAGGUUAGGGUUGGCAACAGGAAGGGCAUCCGACCAUAGAAAAUCUACUUCAAUAAAUUCUACUUGAUGCAUUCAAGCAUGGAAAAAAGUGGACAUUAACUCUUCAGGAUUCUGAUUAAUUCAUCAAAUACAAUGCUCAUUUAUCCACCUUUUAAAAAGUUAAUCAUGUAGUAUCUUGUAGUUUCAAUAUUUUGAAGAUGUAAUUGUUUAAUUUUAGAAUGGCAUUGUAGAGUAGGUGUGAGAGGCUGGAUCUGGCCAGUUGAUCAUAAAACAAGUAGAAUAAUACUUUGGCUGGAUGUGGCCGGUUUAAAUGCUAAUAGGUUAAAUAAUAAGGAUGUAUUGUGUGUGUGUGUGUGUGUGUGUGUGAUGAAGUCAGAAAGAUUCAGAGCCACUGGAUUAGGCCAUGAAACAAAAUAUUUUUUACAAUAACAAAUGUCAUGAUUGAUUGAUCAGAGUUGAACUGGGCUGAAGAACAGUAACAA